AUGUCUUCCAGCAAUGACCAUGUUUUAGUACCAAUGCCCCAGAGAAACACCAAUGGCCUUCCUGGAAUGAACUCCAGUGACACGAAGACGCUUACAGGAGAUGUGUUAAGUUUUCAUCACAUCACCUACCGAGUGAAACUGAAGAGUGGCUUUUUAAUCCGGAAAACUGUUGAGAAAGAAAUACUCUCAGAUAUCAAUGGGAUCAUGAAACCUGGCCUCAAUGCCAUUCUGGGACCCACAGGCGGAGGCAAGUCUUCAUUAUUAGAUGUCUUAGCUGCAAGGAAAGAUCCACAAGGAUUAUCUGGAGAUGUUCUGAUAAACGGCGCACCUCAGCAUGCCAAUUUCAAAUGUACUUCAGGCUAUGUGGUUCAAGAUGACGUUGUGAUGGGCACCCUGACAGUGAGAGAAAACUUACAGUUCUCAGCAGCCCUUCGGCUUCCAGAGACUAUGAAGAAUCAAGAAAAAAAUGAACGGAUUAACAUGGUCAUUAAAGAGUUGGGUCUGGAAAAAGUAGCAGAUUCCAAGGUUGGGACGCAGUUUACCCGUGGUGUCUCUGGAGGAGAAAGAAAGCGGACAAGCAUAGGGAUGGAGCUGAUCACUGACCCUUCCAUCCUCUUCCUGGAUGAGCCCACAACUGGUUUGGACUCAAGCACAGCAAAUGCUGUCCUUUUGCUCCUGAAAAGGAUGUCUAAACAGGGUCGAACAAUCAUCUUCUCCAUUCACCAGCCUCGGUAUUCCAUCUUUAAGUUGUUCGACAGCCUCACCUUAUUGGCCUCAGGGAAACUCAUGUUCCAUGGGCCUGCACAGGAGGCUUUGGAGUACUUUGCAUCAGCAGGUUACCACUGUGAGCCCUACAAUAACCCUGCAGAUUUCUUCCUGGAUGUCAUCAAUGGAGAUUCUUCCGCUGUAAUAUUAAAUAAAGAGGAAGAAGAGCAGGGAGCAAACAAAACUGAAGAACCCUCCAAGAGAGAGAAGCCAAUAAUAGAAUGCUUAGCUGAGUUUUAUGCCAAGUCCUCCAUCUACAGAAAAACAAAAACUGAAUUAGAUCAACUUCCAGUGGAUCAAAAAAAGAAAGGAAUAUCAUCAACCUUCAAAGAGUCCACAUACGUUACCUCCUUCUGUCAUCAGCUCAGGUGGAUUGCCAAGCGUUCAUUCAAAAACUUGCUGGGGAAUCCUCAGGCCUCUAUAGCUCAGAUAAUUGUCACGAUCAUACUGUCACUGGUUAUUGGUGCCAUUUACUUUGACCUGAAACAUGAUCGCGCUGGAAUCCAGAAUAGAGCUGGGGUACUGUUUUUCCUGACCACCAACCAGUGUUUCUCCAGUGUGUCAGCUGUUGAGCUCUUCGUAGUGGAGAAGAAACUCUUCAUACAUGAGUAUAUCAGUGGAUAUUACAGAGUAUCUUCUUACUUCUUUGGAAAGCUGAUGUCUGAUUUACUACCCAUGAGGUUUUUCCCAAGUGUUAUAUUCACUUGUAUAGUAUACUUCAUGUUAGGAUUGAAACAGGAUGUGGGGGCCUUUUUCAUCAUGAUGUUCAGCCUUAUAAUGGUGGCUUAUACAGCCAGUUCCAUGGCACUGGCCAUAGCUGCAGGCCAAAGUGUGGUAUCCGUGGCAACACUUCUCAUGACAAUCUCUUUUGUGUUUAUGAUGAUUUUUUCUGGUCUUUUGGUGAAUCUCAAAACCAUUGCGGCUUGGUUGUCCUGGCUUCAGUACUUUAGCAUUCCUCGAUACGGCUACACAGCUUUGCAGUAUAAUGAAUUCUUGGGACAAAACUUCUGUUCAGGAACCAACGGAUCUGGCAAUAACACCUGUGGUGAUAAUAGCGGCUUUACAAUGUGCACUGGUGAUGCGUACUUGGAAAGUCAGGGAAUAGAGCUGUCACCUUGGGGACUGUGGAAGAAUCAUGUGGCUCUGGCUUGUAUGAUCAUCAUCUUCCUCACAAUUGCCUAUGUAAAAUUGUUACUUCUUAAAAAGUAUUCUUAAAUUCUCCUUUACUGUUCUAGUGUAUCCUUA